CAUAACAACAGUUCCAACAACAACCACAGCAACUCCUACAACAACAACAACAACAACCACAGCAGCUCCAACAACAACAACCACAGCUGUUCCAACAACAACCACAGCUACUCCAACAAUGACUGCAGCUCCAACAACAACAACCACAGCAGCUCAUACAACAACAGCAGCUCCAACAACGACGACAGCAGCUCCAACAACAACCACAGCAGCUCCAACAACAACCACAGCAGCUCCUACAACAACAGCAGCUCCAACAACGACGACAGCAGCUCCAACAACAACCCACAGCAGCUCCAACAACAACCACAGCAGCUCAUACAACAACAGCAGCUCCAACAACGACGACAGCAGCUCCAACAACAACCACAGCAGCUCCAACAACAACCACAGCAGCUCCUACAACAACAGCAGCUCCAACAACAACAGCUCCAACAACAAUCACAGCAG